AAAGGGAUCUCAAUCCCUGCAAGGAAGAACCAGAUGCCAAGUUACUUGUAUGAGAAAAAAACAAACAAAUGAUAUAUAUGUUUGGGAUAAUGAAGCAUAGGAGCAAUUGGUUUGGGAUGACUGGAAGUUACCAAGUUCAAUUCAUGUCUUCAACUCCUCCUCCAGUACAUUAGGAUUAGCUCUGGAGGUAGUUCUGGGAGUCUGGCCAAGAAGAAGAAGCAGAAGAAGAAGAAGAAGAACUAAUAGUUAGGGAGGUGAGGAAAUGACCUUCCGAAGUAACUAAGGAAGCUACAUCUUAUCUUCAUUGGUGUUGAUAUCUGGGUUAGCUCUGAAGGUGGUUUUUCUCUAAGCUUCCAGGCUUAUGAGGUGAGACUGGUAAUGCCAAGGAGAUGGGGAAAAAGGGGAACUGGUUUACGGCUCUCAAAAGGGCAUUCUUUUCAAGCUCUAAAGAUAAAGAUAAGCCGACCGAUGCGUCGGAGAAGAAAAACAUAAAAGAGAAGAAAAGGUGGGGAUUUGGAAGAUCAAAACACAGAGAGGUCAAUUCCUUUUUUCCUCUCUCCAGAGAGCCAAGCAGCAUUGAAAAGAUAUUAUGUGAUGCUGAAAGGGAGCAGUGCCACAAAAUACAACAAGCCCCUCAGAGGGAACAGUUCCACAAAAUACAACAAGCCCCUCAGAAAGAGCAGUAUCACAAAAUACAGCAAGCCCCUCAGGAGAAGGUUCAACCGCUCAAGAAAACUACACCAGCUCCUGCACACUUAUUGGCACCUGUGCGUGCACCUGCACCGAAACCAUCGAUUGCCCCAAACUACAUUCAAAUGUCAGCAAUCAAAAUCCAAGCAGCUUAUAGAAGUCACUUGGCUAGAAGGAGCUACCGGGCGCUAAGAGGAUUGAUGAGACUUCAAGAUGUGAUGAGAGGGCAUAGUGUGAAGCAUCAGACCAUGAAUGCAAUGAAAUGCAUGCAGAUGCUUGUGAGAGUCCAAUCACAAAUACGUUCAAGGAGGCUGCAAAUGAUGGAGAGCAGGAGACAAAAGAGUGACAAGGAAAAUGAGAGCAGCUUCAGCAAAUGGAGUGCAAGUCACCAGUCAGAGGCAGAAGCCCAUGAGCAGUGGGUCAAUAGCAUGCUAACAAAGGAGGAGGUUGAUGCAAGAAUGCGGAGAAAGGUGGAGGCAGUCAUCAAGAGGGAAAGAGCUCUGACCUAUGCUUACUCUCACCAGCUAUUGAAGGUGACGCCCAAGUCCGCCCACGCCGUCCUCACCGACAUCCGCACCGGUGGCUUCCCCUGGUGGUGGAACUGGCUCGAACGCCACCUCUCCCCCGCCGCCCGCCCCAAUCCCCUAGCCAGCCCCAUCCCUCGCACCCCCACCACUCCCUCCGCCGCCUCCCAGCCCCGCCCUCCCAGCCGUGGCACCCCGCCCGCCUCCGCCUCCCGCCGCCGGGACCACCGCGCCUCCUCCGGCGGCCUCCGGGACGACGAGAGCCUGACCAGCUGCCCGGCCCUCGCGGUGCCCAACUACAUGGCCCCCACCGCCUCCGCGAAGGCCAAGGUGCGAUCUUUGGCCGAGGAUCGCGAUGGGAAGCGCCGGUUCUCGUUCGGGCUGGACCAGAGCAUCGGGUCGCUGCAGUGGAGCAAAGGAGAGUCGCUCUUCGCGGCGACGAGGGACGCCGGGUCGCAGAGGAUGGGCGCGGGGAAGCACAAGAAGACGCUCUCGGUCGACUCCACCGUCUCUUUGCCCGCUGGAGUAGGAAGGAGACCGUUCAAGUAGAAGAUAGGUGUGGUGUUCUAUGGUAGAUUGAUAUUACUUGGUCUUUCUUUUGUUUCGUUCUGCUUGUUUGUUGCGACAAACACUGCGUUUUAUUUUUGGUAUUGUUAUUUGUUUGGGGUUGGUGAUUGUAAAUUUGUAAUAAAUACGAGUGUGCUUGUAAAAUUGUAAUGUCGGAAAAUAUUGGUCUUUCGCCAGCACUUGCACUACAAUUUGCCAGCAAAGCCGAAAUGGAUUUUAUGUGGGCUUAGUGACGACAUUCACUGGA